CGCGUGUUGAGGGGUUUGUUGGGGAACUGGAAGACGAAGGAGCAGGCACAGAAGGCCGCCAGAGGUCUUCCGAGACGAUGGCCCAUCCCUGGAGUGAAGGAUAUCGUGGUGGUUGCCUCGGGAAAGGGAGGAGUCGGCAAAUCCACAGUCACCGUCAACCUAGCUCUCGCUGCGACCGCUCUGAACAAGGGCCUGUCUGUAGGACUACUGGAUGCUGAUGUGUACGGACCUUCGAUUCCUCGCAUGUUGAACCUGUCUGGGCGCCCAGAGCUCAGCAAUCAGGACAAGAUGCUGCCUCUUGUCAACUAUGGGAUCAAAUGUAUGUCAAUGGGGUUCCUAGUGGAGGAGAAGGAUGCCAUUGUGUGGAGAGGACUCAUGGUGAUGUCUGCAGUCCAGAAGCUGUUGAGGGGAGUUGACUGGGGUGAGCUGGAUCUCCUGCUAGUCGACAUGCCUCCUGGCACGGGAGACACACAGCUCACCAUCUCUCAACAGGUCCCCAUCUCAGGAGCGGUGAUAGUCACCACUCCUCAAGACGUCGCUCUAGCAGACGCCAGGAGAGGAGCUCAAAUGUUCAGAGACCUCCACACCCCGGUCCUGGGUGUGGUCCAGAACAUGAGCCACCACGUCUGCUCGCAGUGUGGCCACACCUCCCACCCCUUUGGGAGAGACGGAGCCGCCCGGCUGGCCUCCGAGAUGAACCUUGAACUCCUGGGUAAUCCAAGACUGUCUAUGUAUCUCUGGAGAUACCGUAUGUAGCAGUAAACGAUUUUCGUUGGUUAUUAACCAUGUGUGAACAUUUUGUAUAGGAAGUUCGCAUUUCCUAGAGAAAUUUUUUCGUCCUCAGAUCGGAGGGUAGUGGACCUGGUAUUAUACAGGAAAUGUUGUAUUCUCUCAGCCUGUGGCUCUCUUCAUCUUGGAUCAUCUCUUUUGCUACAGGAGAUGUGCCCCUCCACCUGGAUGUGAGGGAAGGAGCUGACAGAGGGUCUCCAGUGCUAGCUACUCAACCCCACCUCCCCCCUCUCCUCUGCCUACCUCUCCAUAGCCAGCAGGGUCCUGGAGAAACUGUCACACCACCAGUCACCUCACAAUGAACACAGCUAACCUAUAUAUACCUGUCUGUGUGUAUUGCAGCUACACUUUCAUUACUACACUGACAU